AUGGAAGAGAAUGUGUUCAGUGUGCAGCAGAUACAGCCCAAUGUCAUUUCGGUGAGACUCUUCAAGCGCAAGGUUGGGGGUCUCGGGUUCCUGGUGAAGGAACGCGUCAACAAGCCCCCAGUAAUCAUCUCCGACCUGAUCCGGGGAGGGGCAGCUGAGCAAAGUGGGCUCAUCCAGGCUGGGGACAUUAUCCUGGCAGUCAAUGGCCGGCCCCUGGUGGACAUGAGUUAUGAGAGUGCCCUGGAGAUCCUGAGGAGCAUCGCCUCAGAGACCUAUGUGGUUCUGAUCCUGAGAGGUCCCGAGGGCUUCACCACUCAUCUGGAGACCACCUUUGCCGGUGAUGGGAUGCCAAAGACCGUUAGAGUAACCAGACCUUUGUGCCCAACUGCCAAAGCGGUCGACUUGUCCAAUCCAAGCAUUCACGGCAGAGAUCUGCAGCAGGGUGCAGACCAUACCAUGGGCUCGGCUAGUUCAGCAUGGGCCAGGGAGAACGGGCAGGAAGCAGAGUCCCUUGUGCACGUCAAUGGUGUGGUUACCAGCACCAAAGGCGAGGACUCUUUGAAGGGAAGGGACAAUGCCAGUGCCAAUCCUUGCCUCAACGGUGGGGUCGAAAACAAUGAGCUGCUAAAAGAAAUAGAGCCAGUCCUGAAACUCCUGAAGAGCGGCAGUAAGGAACUCAACGGAGACGCGCCAACCAAGGUGGAGACAAGAGAUAUAGAAGUCCAGGUGGACUGUUUCAGGGAAGUGGACAAGUCCCAGAAACCUGUGCCAGCCGGGAUGGAAAAUGACCGAGUUUUCAAUGACCUGUGGGGGAAGAGCGACACACCCGUCGUCCUGAACAACCCCUACUCGGAAAAGGAGCAGCCACCGCCAUCUAGCAGACAGUCCCCAACUAAGAACUUGGUGAAUGGAAGCCCGUCUAAGUGCCCACGGUUUGCCAAAGUCAAGAACUGGGAGACUGGCUCGGUGCUUCAUGAUACCUUACAUCUCAAGACAGCCAUGGCCAGUGCGUGUACAGAGCAGAUCUGCAUGGGCUCAAUAAUGACGCCCACCCAGCAUAUCCGGAAGCCAGAAGACACCAGGACAAAAGAGCAGCUGCUCUCCUUGGCUAAGGACUUCAUUGAUCAGUACUACUCCUCCAUAAAGAGGUUUGGCUCCAAGGCCCACGUGGAGAGGCUGGAAGAAGUGACCAAGGAGAUUGAAACCACAGACACCUACCAGCUGCGGGACACAGAGCUGAUCUACGGAGCAAAGCACGCCUGGCGUAAUGCAUCCCGCUGCGUGGGCAGGAUUCAGUGGUCCAAGCUACAGGUGUUUGAUGCACGAGACUGCACCACAGCCCAUGGGAUGUUCAAUUACAUCUGCAACCACAUCAAAUACGCCACCAACAAAGGGAACCUCAGGUCUGCUAUCACCAUCUUCCCCCAGAGGACAGAUGGCAAGCAUGACUUCCGAGUCUGGAAUGCCCAGCUCAUCCGCUAUGCUGGCUACAAGCAGCCAGACGGUACCAUUCUGGGAGACCCAGCCAACAUGGAGCUCACAGAGAUCUGCAUCCAGCAAGGGUGGAAGGCACCCAAGGGGCGAUUUGAUGUCCUGCCACUCCUCCUCCAGGCCAACGGCAAUGAUCCGGAGCUCUUUGAGAUCCCCCCGGAGCUGGUGCUGGAAGUACCCAUCAGGCAUCCCAAGUUUGCCUGGUUUAAGGACCUGGGGCUGAAGUGGUACGGUUUGCCAGCGGUGUCCAGCAUGCUGCUAGAGAUCGGAGGCCUGGAGUUCACUGCCUGCCCCUUCAGCGGCUGGUACAUGGGCACUGAGAUCGGCGUCCGCGAUUACUGUGAUAACUCUCGCUACAACAUGCUGGAGGAAGUAGCCAAAAAGAUGAACCUGGACAUGAGGAAAACCUCCUCACUGUGGAAAGACCAGGCGCUGGUGGAGAUUAACAUCGCUGUUCUGUACAGCUUCCAGAGCGACAAGGUGACCAUUGUGGACCAUCACUCAGCCACAGAGUCCUUCAUCAAGCACAUGGAGAAUGAGUAUCGCUGCCGCGGGGGGUGCCCUGCUGACUGGGUCUGGAUCGUCCCCCCGAUGUCCAGCAGCAUCACCCCAGUCUUCCAUCAGGAAAUGCUCAACUAUCGGCUCACGCCCUCCUUCGAGUACCAGCCUGACCCUUGGAACACGCACAUCUGGAAAGGGGUCAAUGGGACUCCCACCAAAAAGAGAGCCAUCGGUUUUAAAAAGCUGGCCAAAGCCGUGAAGUUCUCUGCCAAGCUGAUGGGGCAGGCAAUGGCCAAGAGGGUCAAAGCAACCAUCCUCUAUGCCACGGAAACGGGGAAGUCCCAGGUCUAUGCAAAAACCUUAUGUGAAAUCUUCAAGCACGCUUUCGAUGCCAAGGUGAUGUCCAUGGAUGAGUACGACAUAGUCCACCUGGAACAUGAAACCCUCGUCCUGGUGGUCACGAGCACCUUCGGCAACGGAGACCCACCGGAGAAUGGGGAGAAAUUCGGCUGUGCGAUGAUGGAAAUGAGGAAUCCCAACUCUCACCUGGAAGAGAGGAAGAGCUACAAGGUCCGUUUUAACAGCGUCUCCUCUUACUCGGACGCACGGAAGUCUUCGAGCGACGGGCCUGAAGCCAGGGACAACUUUGAGAGCACAGGGCCUCUGGCUAAUGUCAGGUUCUCGGUGUUCGGCCUAGGAUCACGUGCCUACCCCCACUUCUGCGCCUUUGCCCGUGCCGUCGACACCCUGCUGGAGGAGCUGGGAGGGGAGCGCAUCCUCCGCAUGGGGGAGGGGGAUGAGCUCUGUGGCCAGGAAGAGUCUUUCAGGACGUGGGCCAAAAAGGUUUUCAAGGCAGCGUGCGAUGUGUUCUGUGUGGGAGAUGAUGUGAACAUUGAGAAGGCCAACAACUCCCUCAUCAGCAACGACCGGAGCUGGAAGAGGAGCAAGUUCCGCCUGACCUACGUGGCUGAGGCCCCCGAGCUCACGCAAGGUCUGUACAGUAUUCACAAAAAGCGAGUCUAUGCCGCCCGGCUUCUCACGCGCCAGAAUCUGCAGAGCCCAAAAUCCAGUCGGUCAACGAUUUUCCUGCGACUUCACACCAACGGGCAGCAGGAGCUGCGCUACCAGCCUGGAGACCACCUGGGAGUGUUUCCAGGCAACCACGAGGACUUGGUCAGCGCCCUGAUGGAGAGACUCGAGGACGCACCCCCAGCCAACCAGUUGGUGAAGGUGGAGCUCUUGGAGGAGAGGAGCACAGCUUUAGGUGUCAUCAGUAACUGGACGGAUGAGAACCGCAUCCCACCCUGCACCAUCUUCCAGGCGUUUAAGUGCUACCUGGACAUCACCACGCCUCCCACCCCACUGCUGCUGCAGCAGUUUGCCUUACUGGCCACCAACGACAAGGAGAAGAAACGUCUGCAGGUCCUUAGCAAGGGCUUGCAGGAGUACGAGGAAUGGAAAUGGUCCAAGAACCCCACCAUAGUGGAGGUGCUAGAGGAGUUCCCGUCUGUGCAGAUGCCCUCCACCCUGCUGCUCACCCAGCUGCCCGUGCUGCAGCCUCGCUAUUAUUCCAUCAGCUCCUCCCCCGACAUGUCCCCGGACGAGGUGCACCUCACCGUGGCCGUGCUCUCCUACCGCACUAGAGAUGGGGAAGGACCGAUCCACCACGGGGUAUGUUCCUCCUGGUUCAACCGGAUACAGGCUGACGAAGUUGUGCCCUGUUUUGUAAGAGGAGCUGCUGGGUUCCACAUGCCACAAGAUCCCCAGGUUCCCUGCAUCCUGAUUGGCCCAGGUACGGGAAUCGCCCCGUUCCGGAGCUUUUGGCAGCAGCGGCUCUUUGAAAUCGAGCACAAAGCACUGAAGCCCUGUCCGAUGAUUUUGGUCUUUGGGUGCCGACAGUCCAAGAUCGACCACAUUUACAAAGAGGAGACCCUCCUAGCCAAAAACAAAGGCAUCUUCAAAGAGCUGUACACAGCCUAUUCCCGGGAACCAGACAAACCAAAGAAAUACGUGCAGGACGUGCUGCAGGAGCAGCUGGCUCAGUCUGUGUACAAAGCGCUGAAGGAGCAGGGAGGCCACAUCUACGUGUGCGGGGACGUCACCAUGGCCGGGGAUGUCUUCAAGGCCAUUCAGCGCAUCGUGAAGCAGCAGGGGCAGCUGUCGGUGGAGCAGGCUGGCGCUUUCAUUAGCAAGCUGAGGGAUGACAACCGAUACCACGAGGAUAUUUUUGGAGUCACCUUGCGUACAUAUGAAGUGACUAACCGCCUUAGAUCUGAGUCGAUUGCAUUCAUUGAGGAAAGCAAAAAGGACACGGAUGAGUGA